AGGAUAUAUAGGGGUCUCCGGGCCAAUCUUCCUUAAACCCGUCUUACCCCGAAAAUUCCAAUCGGUCUUUAUGGUUCUAAAACAAUUCGGCACUGGAGUUGUAAUAUCAACAGCAUUUGUCCAUCUUCUCACCCACGCACAAUUGAUGUUCAGUAAUGAAUGUAUUGGAGAACUUCAGUAUGAAGCUACUACAUCCGCCAUUGUUAUGGCAGGCAUGUUCUUCGCAUUCACAGUAGAGACUGCCAGCCAUCGUCUAGCCCGAAAAUUCUGGACGAGAAGCCGAUAUAACGACGAAGUGGUCGGUGUUGCGGUACUCGAAGCUGGCAUCUUAUUUCAUUCUCUCCUAAUCGGGGUCACUCUAGUGGUUUCGGGGGAUAGCUUUUUCAUUACCCUUUUCGUGGUCAUCCUCUUCCACCAGAUGUUCGAAGGAAUUGCUCUUGGCACUCGUAUAGCCUCUGUUGGCCACCAUGUUAGGGCUGAUGUGGUCAAUCCCGACCACGCGCCACCAGUCAUAACCGAAUUCCCACCUGAACAGGGACCAAAACCGAUAAGCACCCCGGACACAUUAGAUGAAACUAGGAAUUGGAAAUCGCUUUCCAUGCCUAGGAAGCUGCUCAUGGCUGUUCCUUUUGCCUUGAUUACUCCGAUUGGUAUGGCAAUCGGCAUUGGAGUGCUGAGGCAAUUUAACGGCAACGAUCCCAGCACGUUGAUUGCUCUUGGUACGCUCGACGCGUUAUCUGCAGGUAUACUCAUAUGGGUCGGCGUGGUAGAGAUGUGGGCAGGUGAUUGGAUGUUUGGCGAGUUGGCGAAUGCAAGUCUUGUAGAGACCACUCUCGCGGGUUUUGGAUUGAUAGGAGGUGUGAUACUCAUGUGCCUAUUAGGCAAAUGGGCAUGAACAUGGUUGUUACCAACCUACCUAGUAGGUAUACGAGAAGCGUACCUAGUUAGCCCUCCUGUCGAAGAGAGGCACAUGCUCUAUGCCUUCAUUCGCCUCCUUACAUCGUUCAGCGCACCUAGGUACUAC